CGGCAUUUUGCCAGCGCUCCAUUUAAUUGUGAGGUCAGGAGGAUGGAGGAAACUGAGCAUGUUGCUCGACGACUUGAUAGAAUGCUGAAAAAUAAAAAGAUAGACGAUGAAUCUGCGUUAAAGUAUCUUCGACGACUUCGAAGCAUCGAAAUGACACUGGAUAUUUUAACUAAAACUGGUGUUGGUAUUAUUAUCAAUAAAGUUAGGAAAGCUUCUGACGAUCCAGAAGUUGCUACACUUGGCAAAAAUAUUAUUAAACAAUGGAAAAAGUUGGUUCCAGAUAAAGGCGAUGCAUCUAUCCCAUGCCCGAAUACUACAAGCAAUAAUAAUAAUCAUAAUAAUGGUGAUGACAAUAAUGACAAGUCUUCUGAAUUAAAAGCGUGCAUUCCUUCUGACGAUUCAGCUCCUCAUGAUGCUAAACGGUCACGGAUAAGUGGUGAGCAUAACAAAAAAGACUCAACUGUUGAACAACCAUCAGUCGUCAAUGCAAGUCGUGGCUUCUUCCCCGUUCACUCGUUAACUACAAAUGAUCAAAUACGUCUUAAAGCUAGAGGGAUGAUUCAAUCAGCCCUGGAGAGUGGAAAUAUUCCUAGUGGUGCUUACGAAUGUGAAUAUUUGGCGAUUCGUAUAGAAACUUCUAUCUAUGAUCUGUUUAAUAAUACUGAUACCAAAUACAAACAACGUGUGCGCACCAGAGUGAUGAAUCUCCGAGAUUCCAAUAAUCCAAACCUACGACUCAAUGUCUUGAUGGGACAUGUUAGUCCGGAAAAACUAGCGUCUAUGACGUCAGAAGAAAUGGCAAGUAAGGAAAUGAAAGAACUCCGUGAAAAAUACACCAAGGAGACGAUAGAAGAUCAUCAAAUGGCUGUGACUGGUGGGACUGAAACUGAUUUACUACGAUGUGGAAAGUGUAAACAGACAAAGUGUACAUAUAAUCAGGUCCAAACGCGUAGCGCUGAUGAACCAAUGACAACGUUUGUUUAUUGUAACAAUUGUGGACAUCGAUGGAAGUUUUGUUAACGAUUCAUUCAAUCAAUUACUGCUACUUACUACUGUUAAAUGCACAACUGUGUCCAUCCAUCCGUCCGUCCGCCUUACCUUCGGUCAACAAACUAGUUUGGCUCUGCUGCUGUUCAUCAAAUUUCCAACUUUAAAAUAUAUAUACAUAUAUUACUCCCAGACCAGUGCGUUCUGUAGGCCUCUGUGUGUUUCGGUGUUAUUGCUGCACACAAUCAAUCCUCCAUCCUCAAAUAAUAAACUGUGUUCCCGGAAAAUUGGUGGCACAAAAUCUGUAAAAUGUCUACUUUCCCUAUAUAUAUAUAUAUAAAGUCACUUGAAACUUGUAUAUUGGAUGUGCUAUUGGGUGUUCUUGUUGUGUAUUUUUAUUAUUAUAAAUCAAAGUGAAUCGUUCACAGUGUAUUCAAUCCUUCAAAUAACAGUAACAAUAAUAAUAGUAUUAAUAAUAAUAUUAAUAACAAUAUUAAUAAUAAUAAUAUUAAUAACAAUAAUAUUAAUAAUAAUAGGGAAACAGAAUCUUCCUUUUUGUAAUCCUUUGUUAACUGUGAGAUGAUCCUACGUAGAGGUAUGUAAAUACCACCAUCACCAAGUAAGCUUUCUUUUGUGUGUGUGUAUGUGCGCCGUGUAUGCCCACCUUCUUGUACUUGUUUCCUCUUCAUGAUGCUGUUGCUGCUGAUGUUUCCCCCAUUCGUUUCAUUGUGAUCCCAUCUAUCCUGUGUGAAAAACAAAACUCUUCACUGAUGAAUUUGUUUUUUUCCUACUUUUUAAGAAUUUCUUCUGUUUUGGUUUUGCCCUUCCAUAUAGCAGCUUUGAUGAAUUGUGUACACAGAUGAUGCAAAAAUAUUUCAAAAAAAAAACAACAACAACAAACAAACAAAACAGAAACAUCAUUAUCAUCGCCAUAUUUUAGAGAUACUCUUAAUAUUCAACCUUUUUUUUACUUCUUCAAGAGUCAAUCCCUUGAGUAGAGAAAUUGUAUGUAAUUCAGUGUUCUUAUAUGGAUAUAUAGUGUACUGUUAUAUAAUUGUUAUAUCUGUGCUUGUUAAAUCCCACUAUUAUGUGUAUACAGUUCAUGUUCAGGUUGUUGUUUUUAUUAUUGUUGUUUUAUUGUCACAUGUAUUAAAUAAAUACAUCUUUCGCUUUUGUUACAA